AAUGAAGAGAAUCCUUUCCUUGAUCUGUCUUGUUGUUUGUAUUCUUGCUUGUCAACAAAUCAAUGCUGCAUGUGGUCCUCCAAUGUGCAAUGAUAACGUCUUGUUCGCUCCUGCAAUGGUCAAGCUCAUGUACAACCACAUGCAUGGCAAUACUACCCUCCCAUCCAAAGUCAAGACAACUGGUCCUCCAUGCACUGCCUGUUUGCCAUGUUGUGCCUUCUUGGCAUCCGUUGAGCAAUCUACCAUUGACCAAAGAGAUGAAAUCCAAACAUUGAACACCAUUGUUGAUUCAGUUGAUUGGACUUGUAAAACUAGUGAAUGUGCUCAACAUCAUGUUGAAUUGAGAAAUAUGGUUUCAAAGGUUAUUGAAGAAAAGAGUCAACCAUUGUUGCAAGCCAUGUCAUUGAAAUCCACCACCAACACUGAUGCUGUUACUCAAUCCAUUAGAGAACAUUUGGAAAUGUACAGCAGACAAAUUAAGAGAUCAAGAGAUUUUGAAAAGACAAAGAAUGAAAAUCAAUUCUUGACCAAUUUAUUGUCCUGUCCAUGUACUGCCUGCCCAACUCAAUGUGCUGUUAGAAAGUUGCUUUUCAAACAACAUUAACUGCAAACAUAUUAAAUAAAUAUUAAACAGAUGUUGGCC